CUACUAAUGUUACUCUUAUCAAAUUGAACAUGUAUUUCUCGUAAUAAACAUUGAUAAAUUUAUAUUAUACUUUACACAUUAUUUUGCGCCUGCGCUAUAUUCAAUACAUCUGAUCGUCUCUAUGGGCCCGAGCGAACGAGAUAGCCAGUGAGUGGUAUUUCCACAGGUUAAGCAUGAAGACUCGGUGGUCUAUCAACUGGUUUUUUAUUUUCAUCGCGUCACUGUGUAUCAACAGUAAUCAGGCCAAGAAUUAUCAUGCCGUUGUUCUCAUCCAUGGGGUUCUCACUGGGAGCACAAGCAUGGAUCUCAUCAGUAACCGAAUACAAGAGAUGCAUCCCGGUACUCAGGUUUACAAUAUCGUGAGAUAUGCUGGCUGGAGUAGUUUAGAACCAAUGUGGAGACAAGUUGAAGAACUUGGUCAAGAUAUCCUGGCUAUUGGUGCUGCAUUUCCUGAAGGGAUUAAUCUUCUGGGUUAUAGUCAAGGUGGUCUUAUAGCCAGAGCCAUUCUUCAGAGAUUUCCAGAGCAUAAUGUAAGGAAUUUUAUAUCUCUGAGUUCACCCCAAGCUGGACAAUAUGGAACUCAGUUUCUACAUUUGUUCUUUCCGGAUUUAGCGUGUGAAACUGCAUAUGAAUUAUUUUAUUCUAGUAUCGGCCAGCACACUAGUGUUGGAAAUUACUGGAAUGAUCCUCAUCAUCAGAAAUUAUAUUAUAAAUAUAGCAAGUUCCUACCAUAUGUGAACAACGAGAUGAAUUCAACGAGAGCUAAAGCGUAUAAGGAUGGUCUUACUAAAUUGCGCAAAAUGGUUCUUAUCGGAGGUCCCGACGAUGGGGUUAUCACUCCAUGGCAAAGUAGUCAGUUUGGUUAUUACAACAGUAAUGAGACUGUUGUGGAUUUAUACGAUCGGCCAAUUUAUCAUAACGACACAAUAGGUUUGAAAACUCUUGACAAACAACGAAGAUUAGAAAUGUAUACAGUAUCUGGCAUUGCCCAUUUUCAAUGGCACACAAACGUGUCAAUAGUUGAUAAAUAUAUAUUACCAUAUUUGGAUUAGAUAAAUGAAUUUUAAUAAAUUAUAAUGAGCAGCUAGAGUUGCCAUCAUUUGAUCAGCUCAUGAUAUUCGUCAAUUAGUAUUAAAAUCAAUAAUUUAAUAGAAUUUACUAGCAUUCUGCCAAUGAUAUUUAUACGUAUGUUAAUAUACUCGCCUCAACUGACUAACAGAUGAUAAAAAUUAGAAAAUACGAUCUUUUUAUCUCAAUAGAAGUAAUACAAUAAUUAUAUUUUGUAUCGCUUUGUAUUAAUGUAAAGUAAAUGGAAUAAAAGUCAGUUUAUUAUAGAA